AUGUGGACUAAAAUGGAUAUAUUCUUAGUGAUCGCGUUAUUGUACGUAAUAGUACAAUAUAAUGUGAUUCAUGCGAAAAGGAUAUUGUUUAUAGCGAGCAUACCAUCAUACAGCCAUCAAAUAAGUUAUCGUAACAUAUAUUUGGAGUUGAAUAAACGAGGCCAUGAAAUCGUGUUGUUUACUACAGAUCCGGUCAGAAAUUCUUCUUUAACAAAUUACACGGAAGUCGACUUGAGUAACUUUUAUGUUUUGCCUGAAUAUAAAACACUGUCGUAUAGAAGUCUGACAGAAGCAAGCAUGAAUUCAUCGUUUCUUGAUGUGGAACAUUUUGCAUGGGAUAUAGGUUUCAUCACAAGUAACGCGGUUUUCAAACAUCCAGAGAUUAAGAAGUUAUAUGCAGCUGAUAGUAAUGAACACUUCGACGCGGUUAUUAUAGCGCAAGGCCAUACUGCAGCAUUGAAUGCUUUUGCGUACAGAUUUAAAGCUCCUCUCAUAGGUGUUUCGAGUCUAGAUGUGUUCAAUCAAUACCGCUAUAUGCUCGGAGGUCUGAUUCUACCUUCACACCUUUCCAAUUGGCAAAGCAACAUACAAAUCCAUGGCAACAUAUCAUUCUGGGAAAGACUCGUCAACUUUUAUGACGUGUGGAUGCAAAUGUAUCAUUGGGCAAAUGUGCGCAUUCCCUCGGACGAUGCGCUUGUGAAGAAGUAUUUAGGGGAGGGCAUACCGUCCGUCCUAGACAUAACUCAGAAUAUGAGCUUGUACUUCAUCAAUAAGAAUCCGAUAAUUUCGUAUCCCAGACAGGAACAAUCAAACAUCAUGUUUUAUCACGGUUUUCAUAUCGCAGCGGUACCACCCGCCUUGCCAAAAGAAUUGAAACAACUUCUCGACAAUGCGACUGAGGGAUUCAUUUACGUCAGUUUGGGGACCAACGUCAGAUGGGAUCAUCUACCGAAAAACACGCUCGAAACCUUCACCGAAGCGUUCACCUCGCUACCAUGGAAGAUCCUGUGGAAGAAUAAUCCUGAUCUAAUACCCAACAAAUUUGAAAACAUAUUCGUGUCGAAAUGGUUUCCUCAGCAAAGUAUUCUCGCUCACUCGAAUAUCAAACUGUUUAUUUACCAAGGCGGAGUACAGAGCACCGAAGAGGCCGUUUAUCACGGAGUUCCGGUUAUAGGGUAUCCGAUUAUUUGGGAUCAGAAGUAUCAAGUGCAAAAUGUCAUGAGAUUAGGUAUGGGCGCGCACCUCGAUUAUAAGAAUCUUUCGAAAGAAAACAUAGUAACCACUGUGUAUGAAGUCAUAAACAACAAGAGAUAUCAAGAAAGAGCAAAAGAAGUAAGUAAACUUUACAAGGACAUACCCUAUGAUACCCUUCAAAAUGUGGUGUGGUGGAUCGAGUACACGAUGCGUCAUAACGGAGUGACUUGGUUACAAGACAGGAUUUGCGACAAGCCGUGGUAUCAACGAUACGACUGGGACAUCAUCGGGUUUCUCGCCAUAGUCGCGUUUACAACGUUCUUUAUUUUUUUGUACACGCUAUUUCAGAUUUUACAUUUCAUUUGCGAGCGUUAUCGAAUUCUCUACGAUGACACAAAGUAUUACCAUACCAAAUCGAAGACCCAAUAAUGUUUCUAUAUGUGACUAUACUAUGAAUUUUGUUUGAAUAUCCCAACUAAAUUUGAAUAUCCUAACUAAAUCUAUGCAAUAUUUAUUACCUGUCAGUCGAUAAAGAUCCAACGAAGGAUCGAAAUAUUUGGUAAAUAAAUACUACAUAUUCG